ACAUAUUACUACUACUCCGUCGGUACCAAAUUAAUCAAUCAAGUACCUCUAUAAAACGUUAUUUUAGAGUAUUCGGAAAAAGUCUUAAGUUUAACUCAAAUGAUUUUUUUAUAACUAGACCUUGUACAUAUGUUAUCGACUCACAAUCAUUCUUAAGGGCUCUUUUAUCAAAUCAUGUCGUAUCCUUAACGUUAAUCACUAAGGGAUCAUAUACUGAACUAAGUGGUGCUAAAUUAUUGUUCUAGUCUAUAGCUAAAUUUGAGGACAUUUAGCAUGGACGGGUACACCAAUGGCUCCCAAUUCGACUAUGAUCGCGCUAGAGAGGUGAAGGCUUUCGAUGAUACGAAGACAGGGGUGAAGGGGCUAGUAGAUUCAGGUUUAAAAACUCUUCCUAACAUAUUCAUUCGACCAACUCACGAGCUCUUAGAAGAUCUCAAAACUCCGUGUGUGAAACUCCAAGUACCGGUGAUAAAUUUAGAAGAAAUUCAUAACAAAGAUCGGUAUGCUGAGAUCGUCAAAGAAGUCCUUAAUGCAUCAGAAAAUUGGGGAUUUUUUCAAGUGAUAAAUCACGGGAUCCCUUCAGAAUUGUUGUAUAAGAUGGUACAAGGGGUUCGAAUGUUUCAUGAACAAGAUGCCGAGGUAAAGAAGAAAAUGUACACCCGUGACAGGACCAAACAAGUUUUAUAUCAAUCCAAUUUCGACCUAUAUACUUCAAAGACUGCGAAUUGGAGGGACACUUUAACAGUUGACACAUCAAAAAGUUCUGGUCAUCUUGAUCCCAAAGAGUUACCAGAAAUAUGCAGGGAUGUGUUGUUGGAAUACUACAACCAAGUACUUAAGCUAAGUGAUAUUCUUCUAGAGUUGCUAUCCAUGUCUCUUGGACUCGAACCAAAUCAUCUUAAAAAAAUGGAAUGUAACAAAGGGUGGACCGCCGUAAACCUAUAUUACCCUGCUUGCCCUGCUCCUGAAUUGACUCAAGGGAUAAGCAAACACUCUGAUUCCUCAUUUCUCACUAUACUUCUACAAGAUCAAAUCGGCGGUCUCCAAAUUCUACAUAAUAAUCAAUGGGUGGAUGUUCAGCCUAUACCCGGCGCCCUUGUUGUUAACAUUGGAGAUCUUCUUCAGAUGAUUUCCAACGACAAGUUCAAGAGUGUGUACCACCGCGUAUCAGCUAAUCAUAUCGGACCAAGAAUUUCAGUUGCAUUUUUUCUACACGGCCCACGUUCAUCACCAAAGUUGUACGGACCAAUUCAAGAGCUGCUGUCUGAUGAAAAUUCAGCGGUUUAUAGACAGUUCACUCUUAGUGAAUUUCUCAUAUAUUUCUUCUCUCGACCCCUUGAUGAACCAGGACUCGAAUACUUCAAGCUACAUAAUCAUAAGUUGGAGAGUAGUAAUAACACUACAAUCUCAUCAACAUCCUUGACUAAGUCAUGUUCAUUUUCAUUCUGAUCAUCAAAAUCUGGCUGCUGUAUGAUUUUGAUGUCAUUAUUUGUUGUUUCCUGUCUCAAUUUUUAGGCGAUUAUUGUACAUUUUGUGUUCACUAAUCUGCUAUCCCUUAUACUUUGUUAUUCCAUUCUAGUGUAUACCAAUUUCAUAUGAUUCUAAGCAGUGCAUACUCAGUAUGCUCUUAAAAGUUCAGCUAUUUCACCCGUUUCAAAA